AUGUGGGAUAAAAUAGAUGCCACGGCUGCCUUGACUUCCUAUUUGGAUAGUUAUGAUGGCGACGACUUUGUUCUCGAUAUGAUCAACCCGCUGGGAAUUGGGCAAGGCUCGGCAGGAUGUGGAAGAAUUGAUAGCAACACAUGUGUUGCGCCAAACUGCGUGCUCACAACGGAGGGAACAGGGUGGGAAUAUUGCACCGCUCUCUCCAUUGCCAACUUGAAUCAGAUCAUGCGAGCCCUCUACACAGCAACUGGUGAUAUGCCCGCCAAUUUCAGCAAUUUGGCGCCGAGCAUGUACAAAGACUUCACCUGGCCUCCACCUCCAGACAUGAGCCUCUUUUGGUCCGAGUUCCUGACGGCUAUCAGUACAAUUCUCGUAGUUGUCACUACACUUACGGGAGAUGUCCCGGUAACUGCAAUGGGUGCUUUCCUUGGGGGCAUGGUCACUGAAGGCCUGAACGCAAUCGAGGAGGCUGAUUCUGAGGCCUCAGAAGAUAUGAGUCUCGAGGCUUCGAAUUGGGCAGAUAACCUUAAGAAUGAGUGGACACAGUCCUGGGCAACAUACGUUGAUGGUGGUAGUACGGAACUGAUUGAUCUGUUCGACCACGGGGCUCUUUUGGAUGAGCGAACCAUCCCUAUUAUCAGCUCCACAAGUGAUAAUCAAAUCACAAUGGAAGAAGUCCAAACCAAAAUUCAACAAAUCUUCGAGGCUAGCUUAGUCAAUAAGCUGUGGAACGCAGAUACUGUUUUCGUAUACUGCUAUCCUAUGGAUGAAGACACCUUCAAUGGCUACGCGGACAAGUGGAACGCGGAUCUCCAGUCAUGGGUUGAUCAGGACGAUGGGUUUGGAUGCUACUUGCAAGGAAUAAGCGAUUAUAAUGUCAUCUUCACAUAUGACGACCCUCCAGGAUACAAGGAUUUGGGAACCGGGACGUAUGAAUUCACUGUUGACGACAUCAUUCAGGGCAGUUACAAUAGCUUUGUGACAGGUGGUUUCAACUAUACUCCAUCUGUGUCUGCAAAUGUGGAUGAAACUUUGAAACACUCUUGGUCAGACCUGAUGGACAAAAGGAUAUAUACACAGCCGGGUAUGUUUAACCUGUUGAUUUGUGACCCAUCGGACACAUGGUCCAUCUCCAAGUUCUACGAUAACAUUGGCUAUGAGGGUUAUGGCUACACUGCGAGCGUCUGUGGCUGUCAAGAUUAUGCCGAUAAGAAUGGAAAGAAGUUCUCGGAUUAUCUCCAGAGCGGUGAUUGCUCUUGUGGUGGUGGCGCUGGAUGUUGUGUGGAGACUGGUAGCAUCAGUGUAUGCCCGUAG